AUGGUCAACAUUCAUCCUUUCGGCGUGGAAGCGUGGAUGGACAAGUAUGAGAACCACUGCAAAUACAACAUUGCCGAAACCUGCUGUGCGUCCAUCUCCCUGGACCAACUCCAGGAGCUUUCCGAAGACAAGGGCCGACCACUCCUCCAGACAGCUAAGACCUUGAACUAUGGCGCCAUCCGCGGCUCCGACGCCCUUCGCGAGAACCUCGCUCGUCUCUACUCUGCAAAGGGAAACAUCUUGUCACCAGAGCGCAUCGUGACGACGCCAGGCGCAAUAUCCGCCAACUACCUGUGUGCCUAUGCUCUCGUCGGUGCUGGCGACCAUGUCAUUUGUCACUAUCCUACAUGUAUCCCUCCAACCCUCCUGGGCCGUCGUAGUAUACUGAUGUGUGAAGACCAGUCGCUGUACGAAGUCCCUAGACAGCUCGGAGCCGAAGUCGACCUCUGGAGAGCAAAGCCUGAAGAGGGUUGGGCGCUCCAAAUAGAGGACCUCAAGCGCCUAAUCAAGCCAAACACAAAGCUUAUCAUAAUUAACAACCCGCAAAAUCCCACCGGCGCAGUCCUGAAGAAGUCCGUCCUUCAAGGCAUUAUUGAUGUUGCAGCCGAACACGAUAUCACGAUCAUGAGCGACGAGGUGUACCGGCCCCUUUUCCACUCCAUCAAUCCAAUUGACAGCGAGUUUCCUCCCUCAUUGAUUUCAAUGGGUUACAAAAAGGCGGUGGUGACUGGCUCCAUGUCGAAAGCCUACGCUUUAGCUGGAAUUCGUGUAGGUUGGGUAGCCUCCCGUGAUCCUGAGAUUGUGGAACGAAUUGCCGAAGCGAGACAUUACACGACCAUCAGCGUGAGCCAGCUUGACGAGCAGGUCGCUGCGUAUGCGCUCCAUCCCAACACGGUGCACAGUCUACUCGCACGCAAUAUCCAACUGGCGAAGACAAAUCUGGCACUGAUGGAGCGGUUCAUGAUCAAGAACGACGACGCAUGCGAAUGGGUAAAACCCCUCGCCGGCACCACGGCAUUUGUGAAGGUGCACCGCGAGGGCAAGCCUGUGGAUUCGGUCGAUUUCUGCGAGAAGCUGCUUGAGAAGACGGGCGUCAUGUUCGUGCCUGGAAGCCAAUGCUUCGGAGAGGAGUUUAAGGGAUACGUGCGGAUAGGAUUUGUCAAUCAUACAGAGACGGUGAAGGAGGGCUUGGAUAAGGCCACACAGUUUAUCAGGAAGAACCUGGAUGACGUGAAGCUUGCGGAAUAG